UUAUUAGAACUUGCAUCAUAAACUAUGUAUUUAGAUAUAUAUUUUUAAAGUCAGUUCUAUUAAAGAAAAGUAUUUUUAUAUGUUUGAUGUAUGACUAAUUUUUUUAGCCAUUUUGUAGUAAAAGGUUUAAUAUUUAUGUGAUUAUUACUUAUUUAAAAAUGCUUUGCUGCACUUAUCCUGUUUAAUGAUGUAUGUAAAGUGGUGAUAAUAAAUAUUUUUUUCUGUAAAUCUUAUUUGGGCAUAUCUGUAGAAUUUGUUUCAGAUUCAUUAAUUGUCUAAAAUAAGGAUGUUUGCACUUCAUUUACAGUUCAAACUUGUUCCCUCUCUCAUAAUUUAAGUUCAGAAAGAACAAUUUUAUGUUAGGAUAUAACAGUAUGAAUAUUUGCUCUUUAUAGUUUAGAUGUAUUAAAAUCUUUUAUAGUUCUGCUAUUUGAAUGUAUAGAAAUAUUUGUAUAUGAGUAUGGAGUGUAAAUAUCAGUGAUUAUCAACAUUGCUUAAUAUACUUGUAUUCCAGGUGUAUAAUUUAAGUCAGAAUACUUGCAACUUAUAAUUUUGAAAAUUAUAUCUAGUAGUUAUGAACAAUAAUGUAACAAGCUAAUUUUUCAUUAAGUUGCAAAGAUGUAAAAUGCAUUUUAAGCAAUAUAAAAAAAAUUAACAGCAUAAAUUAUGCAUUCAAAAAUUAUGAGUGAAAACUUGGUAUAUUCCUUUUAAUUGUUAACUUCAGUUUGAAUUUUUUUUAAUAAGUAUUUUAGGCUAAAUGAGGAAAAUUACUGAUUGUUGUAGCUUAAGAACAUCCGGGAUGGAUGAAUAAUCAGACCAGCGGUCUUUUAAAUAUUUAUUUUAAAACUUAAUAAAGAUUUCUGGAUUAAUAAGCUAAUUUUGGAGUAAGAGCUAAUAAGGAUAAAGCUAAUUUUGGAGUGAUAGCUACCAAAUAAGAUUUAAAUAUCAUUAAAGAAGAGUCCAUAAAUAAAAGUAAUAAUAAUAAAGAGCAAAAGAGAAAUAUCAGGCAAUUGAAUUUAGCCAUAAGUAAAUGACAGUUAUAAAUUUAAAUGGUUUAUUUGCAUUUCUGUUUGUCUGUAGCUUCAUGGAGGGGAGGGGCUGAUAACUUUUUAUUUCUAGAAUACUAGUGAGAGAAAAUUAUAUUGUAAUAUUAUUCUAACUAUAUUUUAGAUCUCAAUACUUUCAUAGUUAAACUGACCAUUCUAAUCAUAGCAAUAGUCAUUAGAUUCUUAGAUGUACUAUUUAUUUGUAAAUCAGAUUCUGCUGCUAGAACAAAUUGCUAAUUAAAAAAUUCUAUAAUUUAUCUCUCAGUGCAGCAAUAUAAGGAUUGGAAACAAUCUUUUUACUGUCGUAACAGUACUGUGGCAUUUAAAUUUCAAAUGAUGUGUUAUUGAUGCUGUGUGGAUUAUUUUGAAUAUAUUAGCAUAUUGUUAUUCCAGAUUUUGUAGUUUUUUUUAUAAUUUUAAAAUCUGAUUUUGUAAGAAAAUUAUUUUAUUUAAAAAAUCAAAUUUAAAAUCUGAAGUAUAAUUUUUCUAUACUUGUAUGUCAUGUGCUUUGUCAGUAUUUUCAAGUGAUUGCUCUUUUCGUGUUUUUCCAUAAUAUUGAUAAUAAUUAAAUUUUGAUGAUAAUUAAUAUUAGUUGAGUCAUUACAAUAUCCUAAAACAUAAAACUUGGGGCACCGUAUUAGUUCUCCAAAUCACCGUAUCUGAUCCAAAUAUUAAAUGGCAUCUUGCAGACACAGAUUCAUUCAAUGAAUGGAAAAUCAUUAAAUUUCAUACAUUUAAAAUGAAAUGUGUUCAAUUUUCUGUAUCUUAGGAAACCUAUUUAAUACAUUUUAUGUUUUAACAUCAUUUAUUUAUGUACAAAUAUAAAAAAAACUAUUAAUAGUAAACUCCACUAUUUAAUCAGAUUUCAUGUAUUUAUAUUCUGGUACAGUGUAACUUCAUUUGAACAAGUUCAAAUAGAAUAGUAUUCAACUGAAAUCAUGAAAGUUGUCCCUCACUCCAUCUGGUUCUUUCGCUGAUUUCAUAGCAACAUAAUUCUGCUCUUUUGACCACUGCACAUUUAUUAGGAAAGAUAAUUUUUCCAUGUUAGCAUUAUUAACAUGAAAUGACAACAAAGAACUGAAUAAUUUUGUUGCUUUCACUAUUAUAUCUAGUAAUAUAAGUCUUCAAAGAUUUGUAGUCUGAUCCUGUUUUUUGCUUAAUUUUUUUUUCUUUUGUGUAGCUGUGAAUUUUUUUAGACUACAAGAUUAGUUAAACUGCCAUCAGCAUCUUUUCCUUUGACAUUUAUUUCAUCUUUGGGAUAGAUAAUGCAGUUUUUGUACAUGAGAAGUUUUCAAGUUUCAUUCAUUAAAACAAGAAAACUCUUAAAUUUUCAAUCUAUAUAUCAAUACAUUCUAAGCAAUCAUUGACAUUAACAUGUCCAAAAUGUUUAUUCUCUUCUUCCAAACAUUUAUCAUACCUCUAUUGUAGUAGAUCUAUAUCAUCUCUCUUUUGUAGUAAUUGCUUUGUUUAAAAGUAAAGCAGUUUAAAAAAUUAAAAGCCACAAAUCCAACCUUGAUGCAUUCACACUGAUUUUGAAAAUGCUUUCCCCAGCUAUUAGUUUAAUCCUUGAAAAUGAAGACAUGCUAAAAAAAAAGUAAGGGUUCAGGUAGCUUUAGGAAGAAAUAGUAAUGCUUGACUUAAAGUGGAGAUUAAAUUUUUUGGUUUAUAAUACAUUUAUCAUUAUUUUUUAAGUCUAAUUUUAGUUUUUUCGAUAAUAAGGUCUAUAUAAUAGAAAAUAGUAAUAAUUAUUAAUUUUGAAUUCAGAUAGAACUUUUUGAAUUUUAUGAUAAUAGAUGAAUGAACAAGUUUCGUUGAUAUUUUCAUAUUAUGUAUAAUUUAUUAUAUUUUUCUUGUUAAAAUAAAGCUAUAAAAUAUUAUGUAUUUUUCAGCUUUUGUUCCACCAAUAUCCAAAAGAACAUCCAAGUGUGUUACUCCAAGAAAACUUAGUUGUGAGUUUUGUUCAUAUACAACAAAAUAUUUAUCACACUGGAAGAGACAUAAAUUGGUUCAUACUCAGGAACGACCGUUUGUCUGUCCAAUCUGCAGAAAAGCAUUUAAUCAUAAAUUUUCUUUGAUAGGUCACAUGAGACUGCACACUGGUGAAAAACCAUUUAUGUGUGAUAUAUGCUAUCGCCGUUUUACUACUCGUUCUAAUUGGAGAUCGCAUUUUGCUAGACAUAAUAAAAUCUUUCCAGUUUUUGCUAUUAAGAACUUAUCAGGAAGGCAAUACAACAUAUCUGAAGGAAGCGUCAUCAAAAGACUACAGUGUGAACUUUGUUCAUACACAACAAAUGAUAAAUCUCGUUGGAAACGACAUAAACUGGUUCACACUCAAGAACGUCCAUUUGUUUGUCAUACUUGUCACAAAGCUUUCAAUCACAAAUGUUCGUUAACAGUUCACAUGCGUAUUCAUACUGGUGAGAAACCUUUCAGUUGUGAUGUAUGCCUUAAACGUUUUUCUGCUCGAUCUAAUUGGAAGACGCACGUGUUUAGACACCAGAUAUCAUAAUUAUUUUUCAAUUAUUAUUAUUUUAUUAAUUGCUAUCAAUUUAGAAUUUUAUAUUAUUUUUAAAAAUAUUAAAUUAAAAAUGGCAGAGUAAAGGGCCUUUUUUUUACAUGGUAUAUAUAUAUAUAUAUAUAUAUAUAUAUUGUUCAUAACUUUUUUAUGCUAACAAAUUUGAUGCUUUUCCUAUUUUGCUUCCAACAUGGUAUGGAAAAUUCCAUUUCCUAUCUAUAACUAAUACACAUUCACCAUUUGAUAUUUCAGUAGCUCUUCAUUUCUGUUAUAUUUAUCAAGUACUUGAAAAAAUCAUUUUUUUCUCCCAUACAAAUUAUAAUUUUUACUGGUAUGAAACAGCAAUUAAUCUUUAGGAAAAAAAUUACUAUUCAUUCCUUGAAUUAUAAACAUUGAAAUUAGGACUUAGCCAAAUUAGACAAAAGUUUAAUUUAGGUGCAACAUUACUCAACAGUUGUGUCUGGUUGAUAAACUGAGUGAAGAAAAAAAAUGAAUGAAUAAAAUUUUAUUAUUAAAUAAAAUAUCAUACAACUGUGCUAAAUGAGCAUAAUUUUUUAGCUAUCAAUAUUUUAUGGCUUUUGUCACUUGAUCUGAUGGAUAUGCAAAUAUUAAUAAUAGAACCUGAAAAGAACUAAAGGUGUGUGACUUUACCUGUUUUGUUUAUUAUUAAAAGCUUUCAAUAUGUGGCAUGUUGAUGAUCGAAUUUUUCUGAUUAAAAAAUAUUUAUUUGUGAAUUAAUU